AUGGGCUUGGAGAUUGAAUUGCCGUUCACCACUGCUCAUGCUUUCUCGACUGCUGAUCACGGUUUGCAUGCGCCUCACUACCCUUGGGAACACCACAAGUUCUACAAGACUUAUGACCACGCUGCCAUUCGUCGUGGAUUCCAAGUGUACAAGGAGGUCUGCUCUGCUUGCCACUCCAUGCAGUACAUCCACUACCGUAACCUCGUCGGUGUCUCCCACACUGAAGAGGAGGCCAAGGCCCUCGCCGCAGAGUACGAGUACGACGAUGGACCAGAUGAUUCUGGAAACAUGUUCAAGCGUCCCGGAAAGCUUACGGACGCCAUGCCCAACCCCUACCCCAACGAACAAGCCGCCCGCGCCGCCAACGGAGGCGCCUACCCCCCCGACCUGUCCUGCAUUGCCCGCGCCCGCCACGGCGAAGAAGACUACCUCUUCGCCCUCCUCCUCGGGUACUGCGACCCCCCGGCGGGCAUCACCGUCCGCGAAGGUCUCCACUACAACCCCUACUUCCCCGGCGGCGCGAUCGCGAUGGCGCGCGCCCUCUACGAUGAAGUAGUCGAGUACGAGGACGGCUCCCCGAACAACGCCGCUCAGCUCGCUAAAGAUGUCUCGACUUUCUUGUCGUGGGCCUCCUACCCUGAACACGAUGAUAGGAAGAAGAUGGGGCUGAAGGCGAUCUCGCUCUCGGUUUUGAUGUUGGGGCUGACGGUGUGGUGGAAGAGGUUCAAGUGGAGUUACAUUAAGACCAGGAAGGUGGUUUACCGACCAGGAAAGGUAUGUUACACUCACGUCUCGUUCUUUCAUCUUUCAUCUUUUGUUAUCACAACACUCAACAUCGUCUCUUCUUCUUUAUUAGUUCGAGGACGUCUAAACAACCCCGCCUUGUCAAGAAAACAAAAAUUCCCUCUUCCUCCCUCAUCAUAUCACAGACAGACUGGCGGAAUCUCAGAUCUACCUCUCAUGUCCGUUUCACCCCCACCCCCAUUGUUAUGA